AUGUCAAAUUAUCCACCUGUUUUUAUUGGUUUAAAUUCAUACGGGGGAUCAGAAGCCUAUGAGAACGUCUAUUCUCUGAUCCAGUUUCUUUAUGAAACCCAUCAGGAAUUCGAUCUUGAGGGUUCUUCAACAGAAACCUACAUAUUACCCAAGGACGAAUUGACGCUAAUUCAACUUGUCUUACGUGAUUUUGACAAAGAUAAAUACCCUAUAAAACAAGAAGACAUAUCGCGUUUUUGGUAUAGAAUGUGUCGCCAUCGUCUUUAUCGGCAUCGAAUUCUUGUAGACGACAAUGAAUACGUGUUUUGUACUAAGGUUGACGAAUACCUGAAGGCCAAUAAUUUAGUUGACCGGAUUUUAAUUGCUCGUCGCUUGUUGAAGGAAUUCUUUGAAAAUUCUGCACUGAAAACCAAGUUAUUCUACUAUCGUUAUAUUGUUCAGUCGAACAAAUUAGAUUGGUUUGAGGUAAUCAAUUGA